AUGGUCAGGGUCCCCAUCUUAUUGGCUAAAGGCAUAUCUCUGAACCAAGCAGAGCACUCCUUCCUCAAUCUGCCAACAGCGCUUACUGAUGAGCUGGACUGGCCUCAGUUCUCUGGUGUUACUGGAUUUCUGGACUCUACUAGCGGAAUUGAAGAAAAAUCUAUUUACCUUCGUUUAAGGAAAAGAAACCACUGUAACCACAGAGACUACCAGAAUAUCUCAAGAAAUGGUGCAUCUUCCCAAAAUCUGAGGAAAUUUAUAGAAAGCUUGUCUAGGAACCAAGUGGACCAUCCAGCCAUUGUCAUAUAUGCCAUGAUUGGAAAUGAUGUCUGCAACGGUGAGAAGAGCGAUCCAGUCCCACAAAUGACCACUCCUGAGCAAUUAUAUUCCAGAGUCAUGCAGACUCUGCAUCAUCUCAACUCCCACCUGCCGAACGGCAGCCAUGUUAUCUUAUAUGGCUUGCCAGAUGGAACCUUUCUCUGGGAUAAUUUGCACAACAGAUAUCAUCCUCUCGGCCAGCUAAAUAAAGACGUGACCUAUGCACAAUUCUUCUCAUUCCUGAGCUGCCUUCAGGUCAGUCCCUGCCAUGGCUGGAUGUCUUCCAACAAGACACUCCGUACUCUCACUUCAGAGAACUUCCAUCUUUUCUACAUGGAUUUUGCCUUCCAAGAAAUUAUAGAUGAGUGGCAGAAGAGGGGUGGGCAGCCCUGGCAGCUCAUUGAACCUGUGGAUGGAUUCCACCCCAAUGAGGUGGCUUCAUUGCUGUUAGCAGAUCGUUUCUGGAAGAAAUUGCAGCUCCAGCAGCCCCAGGUCCUGGGAAAGGAGAAUCCAUUCAAUCCCCAGAUUGAAAAGGUGUUUGGAGACCAAGGGGGGCACUGAGUAUCUCCACAACACUUGCCCCUGGGGAGCCCCGAGAGGCAGAAACAUGGAUGAACUCAUCCAACAACCCGUUGCCUGUGCUGUGUCAUAGGCCGGAAUGAACCUGUUCAGUAGCUUCUUUGCAAAAUACUUUCCUCUCAAUAAGAGUGUACCUGGAUAAUGCUGUGUGCUUUUGGGAUCAAUUCUCUUCCACCUGCCCCUGAAACAACCUUUAAUCAUGUGCUGUGGGAUCACCCCGAAUGAGGUAGUAUCCUGUAAAGGGCUCCUAGAAACGCAUUAAUCACCCAGCAAUGUUCAGCAAUUUUCACAGGGUCUUGGUGUGCCAAAGACUGACCUUUCCUCCCCUUCCCGACUUAAAGAUGCUGGCAAGCUGAGGCUCCUCAGCUUGGCUUUCAAGGACCUCCCCCAAGUAGAUUUUAUUGGGUUCUUUUUAAAAUCAGAACAUAAAGCCAUAAAUACAAAAUUGGAUUCUAUCUUGAAUGCUUAUUUAGAAGGAGAAAAGAGGGCUGGCGGAGCGGCUCAAGUGGUAAGAGUGCCUGCCUA